AUGCGAGAGCGUAUGAAAGCAUCAUACGACCGUGAGAAGGGAGUGGAGAGUUGUCCUGCACCCCCCAAGGUAGGCGACCGCGUCUACAUGCGAAUCCCCAGCGAGAAGCAGUCUUCAAGCCAUCCCAAAUUGGCGAAUCCCUGGGAAGGACCCUACCGGGUUAUAGAGGCCAGUGAGAAUAGUGCCCUAAUUACACUGAUCAACCAAGAUAAGGAACCAGUAAGGGUACCCUUUGACUUACUUAGGAAGCUACCCCGGGGUAUCUCCGACGAGCCAUUGCUAACGAGAAAAAGCAGGGCUGCUGGCAGCCCAUAUGAGGAUCGGAAUGCCGAAGAAUGGAGAAGGGUGGGCGAAGUGUGCCGCGAGUUCGUACGGUUCUUAACGGAUCCAUCCCGCAACUUCUUGGCUGUGACUCGCGAUCAUUACUCCGGCGUACUGGAUCAUGCGCCGUAUACACAUCUAGCCUGUUGCCUGGGAGUCAACCCAAGACGCAGUGGUGCGCCCUUCAUUGGACCCCAGAUACUGACGUUCCUCGAGAAAGUCAGGAUUACCGUGAAUGACCUUAUCAGGCUGCCGAAAUUCGAGCCCGCAACACCAGAACUACGCGAGCAACGAAGGCGAGAGAAGGUACUGAAGGCGCGGCGCCGCAAGGAAGAGUAUAUGCCCAAUUUCUGGGUGAUUGCCGAUCCGCAGAAAAGGCGUCAUCGAGCACCGAUCACGUUUGAAGACCCAUCCCAAGCCCCGAACCGAAGGAACUCUCCUAACCGCCACCAUAGGUCACCCAGCCGACAUUCCUCGCACUCGCAUCACACGCAUGGGCAUCGUCGGGACGACUCUACUCGUCGGGGAGGCAUGUGA